UAAUCUCAAAAAUGGGCAAAGAAGCUGCUGACAUACGGAAACAAAAAGACUCGAAACGGGUUUCAAAACCUCUCAUGGAAAAAAGAAGGAGAGAUCGCAUUAAUCAAAGCCUAGAAACUCUGAGAAUGUUGUUAUUUGAGAACACCCACAAUGAGAAACUCAAGAACCCUAAAGUGGAAAAGGCUGAAAUCCUAGAAAGUGUUGUGAACUUCCUAAGAGCAGAACAAGGACUGGGAACUGAAUCUUUUCAAAUCACCAGAGGAAAAGGAGCAUAUACAGAGGAGUCUGAUGAGGACCUGAGCUCACAACGUCAGAGCUACCCUGAUGGAAUGAGGGCAUGUCUCAUACGAGUCAGCAAUUUUAUUGCUAGCAAGAGCCAUGAGUUUAGACAUGGAGUAGAAAAAGCAUGUGAAAACCUUAACAAAGCACAGCCAAUGCAAGUCCAGCUACUCUCCGCACCAUCCCACAGGGAAACUCAGGUGCUUCUCUAUGAGGACUCAUCACUGCCAGCACAACAGCAUCCCACUCAUGUCCAACUGAGCAAUUCCUGCACACCAUCUGGCUGUGCGAAACUUGCACAAAGAACUGUUAUGUCUGCUCCCACCACGACUUCAAGUCCUAAGCAACCUGUAAUGCUCUGUGAUGCUGUCUGGAGACCUUGGUAGAAGAUCCAUGUCCCUGCAAAGCUCUCCAAAGACUGAAACGGUCAGCUUGGUCUACAGUGAUUCACGAUUCAGUGUGGGAGCAGCACUGGGACAAUAGACUGAAUUGUGUAAAUAUGUUGAUUUUGUACAGCAGAUGCCAAAGAUUUAUUUUGUUAUAAAAAGGCAUUGAUAAAUCUGUGCCUGUGUAGCGUUUGGUGAUCUUACAGCCAAACAAGCAAGAUACACAUUUUGUGCUGAGAUGUAUGUAUUUCUUAUUUAGAACUUUGAUACUUUCAUAUCAACAGAACUUUUUUCAAGAUUUUACAAAAUCCAUAUUUGAUUAGUGGGGUGAACAUUUCAAGUGUUUUUUGUUUGUUUGUUUAAGAAAUAAUUUAGAGCAAAAUUUUGUCAUUUUUAUUUUUUCUGUGGUUAUUGCCAUAUAUUUGUGUUCUUUUAACAUUGACAUGAACAGUACUUUUUAUUUGCUGUUAUUUUCUUGUCAGCAGAAUGUGAAAUGCAUAAAAUAUUUUCUUACAUUUUGAACAAAGAAUUAAACCUCUCUAAGGAUAUUCUUUUA